AUGCGCUUCCUCGUUCUUGCGCUCCUCGCGGCGGGCACCUCCGCAUUGCUAGCACCGCUCCGGGCUCGUCCGGCCUACCGCGUCGCCCGCAUCUCUCUUUCCGAGCCAGUGGCGGACGACGCGAUUGUGGACGAGGCGACAAACGCCGCCGCUGAGACGGACGCUACGACCGUCGAGGUCGAGGUGGCCCUGCCGGCAGCAGCGAGCGUCGCGGAGAAGGAGGAGACGCCCGACCGUCGCCUCAUCCUUGGCGGCGGCGCCGGCGUUCUCGCGCUACUCGCCUCCAAAACCAUCUUUGCUCCUCCUCCUCCGCCGCCGCCACCGCCUCCGGCAGCCAAGGGGAAGAAGGGCGAGAAGGCGAGCAAGCCGGCGAGCAAGUCGACCGCGGCUGCGGUCAAGGCGGCGCCAAGGAAGUCCGCAAAGGCGCCGCCUCCCGCCAAGGCCGGCAAGGCCAAGCCGGCGGCAAAGGCUCCGGCGCCGGCGUCAGCAGCGGCGGGCAGUUUCUCGAACGCCGCCAUCGCUGCAAAUGCAGUCACGCUCGCCGUCGCGGCGGCUGCCAGCAGGCAGGCGGCGGCGAUCGCUGCGGCGGACGCGCGGCUCUUCCCGGCCACCGCGGCGGCCGAGAAGGCGGCCAAGGCGAAGACGCGCGCCACUUCUCCCGCCGCCAGGAAGCCGACACCCGCACGUGCCUCCUCGCUUGCCGGCAAGUCACCCUCCGCCGCCAAGGCGGCGGCAGCCAAGGCGGCGGCAGCCAAGGCGGCGGCAGCCAAGAGGGCGGCGGCGGCAAAGGCGGCGGCGGCGGCGAAGGCGAAACUCGCAAAGGCGACGGCCGCGAAGAGGCAGGCUGCGGCUAAGGCGGCGGCGGCAAAGAAGGCGGCCGAUGCAAAGAAGGCGGCGGCGGCGGCGAAGAAGACGGCGGCAGCGAAGCUCGCGGCGGCGAAGAAGGCCGUCAAGAAGAUCGUCGUCAAGCGGCCCGCGCCAAAGGCCCGCCACUCCCCCCCCCCAUCCCCACCCCCUUUCUCCUUUCAAGAGGCCCGCCCCGCUCUCUCCCGCGCGCGCUGA